AUUCAUCAUGAAGCAUCCAAGCGCUGCAGCGGCCUUCUUUCUCUUGCUGGGCAUAUCAUGGUGUUUGGCCCUGCCGAUAUCCAUAUCAGAUGAAGACGACAGCGAUGAAUUCACAAGGGAGAAAUUCGAGUUAGCAGAGCGCUAUCUAAAGAGGCAUUACAACCUCCAGUCCAACCCGGCUGGGAUACAGAGGAAGGCAGGUGAUACAGUCACAUCCAAACUUCGAGAAAUGCAGGCGUUUUUUGGACUGGAAGUAACGGGCAAGCUCAACGAAGAGACGUACGAACUAAUGCAACAGCCACGGUGUGGCGUUCCUGAUAUUGGGGAAUACAACUUUUUCCCUCGAAAGCUGAAGUGGUCUCAUACUAAUAUAACAUACAGGAUUCUAAAUUACACCCCUGAUCUGAAAAAGUCUGAAGUCGACAGAGCAUUCAGGAAAGCGUUCAAGGUCUGGUCUGAUGUGACGCCGCUCAACUUUACUAGAAUUCGCAAUGGUACUGCUGAUAUCAUGAUUUCUUUCGGAAGGAAAGAGCAUGGUGAUUUCUAUCCCUUUGAUGGACCUUCUGGGUUAUUAGCUCAUGCUUUCCCUCCUGGGCCAAAUUUUGGAGGAGAUGCUCAUUUUGAUGAAGACGAGCUGUGGUCAACAGAUUCCAAAGGAUAUAAUUUGUUUCUUGUGGCUGCCCACGAGUUUGGUCAUUCGCUGGGACUUGAGCAUUCCAGAGACCCAGGAGCUUUGAUGUUUCCAAUUUACACAUACACGGGAAAUAAAGGCUUAUUGCUUCCAGAUGAUGACGUACAAGGGAUCCAGAUUCUAUAUGGUGCAGGAGACCACGACCCCCAUCCCGACCACCCCAAAACGCCUGAGAAAUGUGAUGCAAACUUGACACUAGAUGCUAUCACGGAGCUUCGAGGAGAAAUGGUGAUCUUCAAGGACAGGUUCUUCUGGCGCCUACAUCCUCAGAUGGUUGAGGCGGAUUUGGUACAAAUUAAGUCGUUUUGGCCAGAGAUCCCAAGCAAGAUUGACGCGGCUUAUGAGCAUCCUACCAAUGACCAUGUGCUGCUUUUCAGGGGGAAGAAAGUCUGGGCUUUGAAUGCCUACGACAUAGUAGAGGGCUACCCUAAAAAGAUUUAUGAAUUGGGCUUUCCAAGAUCUGUGAAGGGAGUCGAUGCUGCUGUCCACAUCAAAGACACUGGCAAGACUCUCUUUUUCGCUGGAGAAAAAUACUGGAGUUAUGACGAACAGAACCAAGUUAUGGAGAAAGGCUACCCUAGAUAUAUUGAGGAAGAUUUCCCUGGGAUCGGUCACCGAGUGGAUGCAGCUUAUGAGAAGAAUGGUUACAUAUAUUUUUUCAAUGGACCACUGCAGUUCGAAUUCAACAUCUGGAGUGAAAGAAUUAUGCGGGUCUUGACCACCACCUCCAUCUUCUGGUGCUGAUUGCUCUGGAUCAGGUUCUGAACUGUGGGGAAAAUGCAUUCCAUGAAAAAUUAUACUGCAGAUGUUUGGUUUUAUAUGUGUGUGUGAGAGAGAGAGUGAGUAAGGUAAGGUAAAGGUAAGGACCCCUGGACUGUUAAGUCCAGU